GCCCUGGCUGCUGCUGUGCCCCUGGUUUGCGAGUCCCGUGAUUCUAGUUUCUUCGCGAGCCGGCUGCUCGGUAGCCGCCACCGCUCAGGUCCGGAGACUCGCGGCGCCCCAGGCUCUCGACAUGUCGAUGCUGGCUGAGCGAAGGCAGAAGCAGAAAUGGGCUGUGGAUCCAAGAAAUACUGCGUGGAGUAAUGACGAUUCCAAGUUUGGCCAGAGGAUGCUAGAGAAGAUGGGGUGGUCUAAAGGAAAGGGUUUAGGGGCUCAGGAGCAAGGAGCCACAGAUCAUAUUAAAGUUCAAGUUAAAAAUAACCACCUGGGACUUGGAGCUACAAUCAAUAAUGAAGAUAACUGGAUUGCUCAUCAGGAUGAUUUUAACCAGCUUCUGGCUGAGCUGAACACUUGCCAUGGGCAGGAAACAACAGACUCCUCAGACAACAAAGAAAAGAAGACUUUCAGCCUUGAAGAAAAGUCUAAAAUCUCCAAAAACCGUGUUCACUAUAUGAAAUUCACAAAAGGGAAGGAUCUGUCAUCUCGGAGCAAAACAGAUCUUGACUGCAUUUUUGGGAAAAGACAGAGUAAGAAGACUCCUGAGGAUGAUGAUUCCAGCCCUGCCACUCCAGAUGGGAAUCUAUCCUCCACUACAACGACCAGUGCCUUCACCAUCCAGGAGUACUUUGCCAAGCGGAUGGCGGAGCUCAAGAAUAAGCCACAGGUCAUAGCAGCAGGGCCUGACCUUGCAGAGAACCAAAUAGAAAGAAAAAGGGGAAAGAAGAGAAAGAAAGGGGCAAAAGAUAAAAAUGUGGAGACUUACACUGAACCCCAGGCCAAGAAGAAGAGAGACCAAGUUGAACAGCAGCUUGGAGACCCUUGUUGGGAUGAGAAUUCUGGUGUUUCUGCUGAGGAUGGAGAGGAUUGUGUGUGGCCCCCUGAUGACCAGGACAUUACCCCAAAGCCCAAAAAAAGGAGAGAAAAGAAAAAGCUACAAAAGCAAGUUGAGGUAGCAGUGGAUGCUAUGUUACAUGACAUACCAGUAAAGAAGACAAAGAAGAAGAAGAAGAAAGGUUCCGAAUAAAUUCUCUCGAGCCAGGGCCUUCCAGCCAUUCAGCUGUCAGGGCCCUGCAAGCAAACACCUUUGGCCUGAAGUCAGAGCAGAGUUCACCCAAGAGAGUUUGUGCACAUCUUUUGACAUGCCCGUGGGUUGCUGAGUCUCGCCCUCUCACCACAUUUUUCCCAACACAUCCCUGGAGAACUUUCUAAUGUCCCAAAUCAUGGCUCUCAUAAACAAAUAAAUUUCUUUUUAGACUGUGAA